AGUGGAGGAGCUUAGUCGAUUGGCGACCAGCCGAUCAGUACUGGUUUUGAUCUGACCUGUGGUACAUCUCGGCUUAAGUACAAACUCAACACGAAAGGCCGACUUAAACCACAAGUGGAAUUAUUACAUUUCCCAACGGAGUACAAGCCUUCUAUCUAUAUAUAACGAAGGACAUUAAUCGACGAGAAUCAUCGGAGCGAAACAGGAAAAUCCCCGCUCAAUCUGAUCUGUAAGGGAAAGAAAAAGAGGGAAAAAAGAGAAUUACUAUAAAACGAGAUUAAUUGGCGAAGAGUUACAUGCUGAUAUCACAAAUAAACAUGGUGUCCAUCGGCUUAUUCGUCUUUUUCCUCGCUUUAACAGUAAUCAAUGCACAGAAUGAAUGUAAUAAUGGUGCCAAUUGCGUCAACAUUCGCAAGUGUCCGGAGAUCAUAUCUCUCUUGACAAGUUCAAGACCGCUUUCAGCAGAGACAUUGCAGACUCUUAGAAAUUUGCAAUGUGGCUUCGAAGGCAACGACCCGAAGGUUUGUUGCAGUCAGGCAUCAACAACGACAACGACAGAGGCUCCAGAUCCAAAUCCAGAAAAUCUUCCAAAUCCACCAGAUGUAACGAACCACCCGAAUCUACGUCUGUUGGAUCAUACAUUGUGUGGGCCCGUCACUCAGCCGAAGGUAUUCGGAGGCAACAAGACUGGAAUUUUCCAGUAUCCGUGGAUGGCAUUAAUCGCAUAUGAUACUGGAAGACCAAAUCCGGAGUUCCGUUGUGGCGGCACAGUCAUCUCCUCGCGCUACGUCCUCACCGCCGCUCAUUGUGUCACUUUCCUUCCAGGGGGUCUACGACUGAUAGGCGUCAGGGUAGGGGAUCACGAUAUAAGUAAGGAACGUGACUGCGAUACAGACUCCCAAGGACGUGAGAUCGUAUGUGCCGAGAGGUAUCAGGAUUUCGGUGUGGAAAGCUUCCAGUUCCAUCCGGAAUACACGAGAACAAAACUGCAAAAUGACAUCGCGCUUAUUAGGUUGAAUGGUACAGUGGAUUUCAGACCUCUGAAUGUCAAACCCGUUUGUCUGCCUUUUGGCACUGCGAUAGCACUAAAUCAUAAAAGGGCUGUAGUGACCGGUUGGGGAGCGACGGAAUUGGGCCCGCGCAGUCAGGACCUCCUGCAAGCGAAGCUACCACUAGUGGCCUACGAACAGUGUAAAGAAGUAUACAGUCGGACCACGCAGAUCUGGUACAAGCAGCUAUGUGCCGGUGGCCAAAUGAACGUGGACUCCUGUUUGGGUGACAGCGGCGGACCCCUGCAGGCAGCUGGUAUAUACAAUGGUAGAUCAGUACGCAUCAUCCAGUACGGCGUGGUUAGCUAUGGACUGAAGCAGUGCGGCACUGAGGGAUUUCCCGGAGUCUAUACCAAUGUCGCCUACUACGUGGACUGGAUUCUGAAUACACUGACAGAUUAAAGCGAGUCUGGAACAUUGCGGAACUUUCAUUGAAUACUUUUAAUUUCCGUGCUCGGAAUAUGGUGACGCAGACGCGGUGUCAGCAUCGUGGUGAGAACGGGAAUUUAGCGAGAAUUUGGCGAGGCGUUCGAUAAAUACGUAGCUAAAUAAAAUUGAUUUCAUAAGAUUGGCAAAGUGAAUAAAAUUGCUACAGCAGAAAAGGAAUAUUUUUAUUGUUUGUGGAAAUUAAUUGGCAGUUUAGGUGUUUAGGAAGGUGAUUCGCAAAAUAUCAUUCUAUUUUUAAUAGAUAGAAACGAUUAGUGUUAAUAUUUUAAAACUUUUGUUAUCCUUUUAGUAGAAUAAAGUGUUUUACUGCCGAUACAACUUUAUUCCUAUUAGACGGAGUUUUCUCGAUUGCGACUUAAGUUAAAUUUUACUAUUUUAUUGCAUGUGAGAUAAGCGUGUCAUAUCUUCGA